CGAGCCGGUUGUGGCGGCUGCAACAUGGCGGACGUGCUCAGUGUCGGAGUGAACCUGGAGGCUUUUGCUCAGGCCAUCAGCGCCAUCCAGGCCCUGCGCUCCAGCGUGAGCAGGGUGUUCGACUGUCUGAAGGAUGGCAUGCGGAACAAGGAGACGCUGGAGGGCCGGGAGAAGGCUUUCAUUGCGCACUUCCAGGACAACUUGCAUUCUGUCAACCGGGACCUCAAUGAGUUGGAACGUCUGAGCAACUUGGUGGGUAAGCCUUCUGAGAACCAUCCUCUCCAUAACAGUGGACUGCUAAGCCUGGAUCCCGUGCAGGACAAAACUCCUCUCUAUAGUCAACUCCUUCAAGCAUAUAAGUGGUCAAACAAGUUGCAGUACCAUGCAGGUCUAGCAUCUGGCCUUUUGAAUCAGCAGUCCUUGAAACGUUCUGCUAAUCAGAUGGGAGUAUCUGCUAAACGUAGACCAAAGGCACAACCCACCACUCUUGUCUUACCACCACAAUACGUGGAUGAUGUGAUCAGCCGCAUUGACAGGAUGUUUCCUGAAAUGUCCAUCCACUUAUCCAGACCCAAUGGGACAUCAGCUAUGCUUCUGGUGACCUUGGGAAAGGUGUUGAAAGUGAUUGUUGUCAUGCGGAGCCUAUUCAUUGAUCGAACAAUAGUAAAGGGGUAUAAUGAAAAUGUCUACACAGAAGACGGCAAGCUUGAUAUAUGGUCAAAAUCCAACUAUCAAGUAUUCCAGAAGGUGACAGACCAUGCCACCACUGCCCUGCUCCACUAUCAGCUGCCCCAGAUGCCAGAUGUCGUGGUCAGAUCCUUCAUGACCUGGUUAAGAAGUUACAUAAAGCUGUUCCAGGCCCCGUGCCAGCGCUGCGGGAAGUUUCUACAAGAUGGCCUUCCCCCCACAUGGAGGGAUUUCCGAACCCUCGAAGCCUUUCAUGACACCUGCCGGCAGUAGCCCCACUGCAGUCCACACUGGCCUGCACAUUCCACCCCCAUCCAACACCUUCCAAAACAAGCCGUAAACCAUGUUGAUGGCUCAGAUCUCUCUCUUCACUGUUCAGAUGUCAGUAUCCGCUCGCUCUCACUCUCUCUCUCAUAAAUCAGCAUGUUAAGACUGAGCCUAUUGAACAAAGUCCAUUUCUUUGUUGCUGGAACUAAUCAUACACUUUAACCAAUAUAUGGAAGACUAAGAUGACCUUUUUAGAACUCAAUAUGAAGAAGUUAUGCAGCAUGUUCUUCUGUGUAUGUUUGAGAUACUGGCAAAUUAAUCCUUCAGGUCCCAUGUUCUAAGUCGUCUUCAGGAGCCUUUAUAGUUCAAGCCCUUGUGUUCACAUGUAUUGUUAUGUUGAGGGUCUUGUUUCGUAAUUUAUUUUUAUAAGCAAUAAACCUUUUGUACCCAAGACAAGACUUUGUCGCUUACUUCUCAAGGUACUUUUUGUGUUCAGUGAACCUGCAAACAGAUUUGUACUUUUCAAUAAGAGAAAAUUUGGUAAUGUCUGUGUUUAAAACAAUUCUUCUGAGAAUACAUUUCCCUGUUUCUUGCUGUCAGAAGAAAGGACAGUGUUGGCAAAUAUUACAUUUCAAAGAUGUUUUGGUGACUUUAAAAAUGAAUUGUUCUUUUUGAGAGGAAAAUUAAAAAGCACACAGAUGUUUCUUUUAUUAAGCCAGUGACACUACUCAGAGGAAAAGGAAUCUGCUCGUGUUACCAGCUAGAACCUGUGUGAGAGGUGAGCCUGGCUUGUAUGUCCAUGUUUUGUCAGAUGAGUGUAUUCUAAUCCAAGCUGCUGAUUUUAUGCAAGGUCUGUACACCAACAUUGAAAGCCAUAACUUAUGUGAGGAAUUGUUCCAAAUAAAUAAAUGAAUGAGG